UCCAAAGAAGAUUCCUGCAUCACAUUCAGGCCAAUGGUUUUAUGAAGAAAAGUCACAUAAAGCAGGCUUGCUCCUUGAAGAUGGUCCUUUUCUUCAGGAAAAUGUACACAAAGCAGUUAGUGACUUCUGCAACUGGGUUGCUACUCUUAUAAGUUACCUUGAUGAAGAGCUUGUCCUGAAACAGUUUGACAUUAAUGAUCAGAGCAAACCAAGGAGCGAUGUGCUCUGCACCCUGAGGCUGGACCAGGUUCCUCGAGAGCUCAAGUACAAUGUGGGUCCAAGAGCUCUGCAGAAGCCGGAAUUCUUCCGGAAACCAGACUAUGACAGGAAGCCUCAGAAACCACAGAAUCCUGAUAAGACGAAGGGGGUGAAGAUGAAAUAUAGAGCAUGGUAUCUGGACACCAAGUUGUGGAAAAAGCAGAGCGCAGAUGACCCACUGGUUGACCCUAAGGUCUCACGUAAAGCUCAAGAUGAGAAUUUCAAGGAGGAGCUGCAGAAACAGGAGGAAUUCCUUGCAGACCUUCAUGGAACAGUUGCCUUUAAGGACUUCAUCCUACACAGGGGUUACAGGAUGCCGAGUCUUGUGAAGGUGGCCCCAGCUGCCAUUCCCACAUGGAAUGGCACCCCUCCCUGGCAGAUCACUCAAAACCAGAGUGG